UCUGUAGGCACCAGUCCUGUUCGGAUGGACCCUGAUGCAAACCCCCAGGAUGAAAAGCAGCAUCGGAAAAGCACAACAAGAAGAUCCUCGCAAGUCCCACGAGACGAAUUUGAAGGCCCACCUGCUUCUUUUAAGCCCCUCUAUCCUGCCAAACCCUCACCCAGUUUCCUAGAACUUCCAUCUACUCAAUGGAGGCCUAGCCCAGGCCUUACAUAUACUCAGACGGCUAGGAUAGGGAAAGGAAAGAAACAUUUCUUGCCUGAUCACCAGCCCCAGGAAUGCUUCGGUCUCCUUGAGUGCAUGCACAACAACAUCCAGGUGCAAACGCAGAUCGCCCAGGCGCAGCUGUCCCUGCUGGAGGACAUGCGAGAGUCCAUUAACAGCCUCCUCUCCCGGCAGGAGCAGCAAAGCCCCGAGACCACUGGGCAGCCAGAGCAACGCACCCAGAAAGGCUCACCUUCCUUGCCCCAUCCCCUCAGCUAA